CGGUAAUCGCGAUCUGUUACUAGGCCUCCCUGAUUUGAAUACCACCUUGAACGAUGUCUGCAGAAGAUGAGCAUGGGGACUUGGUACCUACCACCACCCCUGGCUACAAGCCAUCCGCUGCAAAGACUGCUGAUGAAUAUGCGCAACUCGAUGCCAAUGACGAGAGCCUCGCCCGCUGGAAAGCAUCGUUGGGCAUUGUUCCUGGUACGACAUCGGGGGAUACGAGUGGCCCAAAGGUGACUGUAUUGACUCUGGAGCUUCAUUCAAGCACUCUCCCGCCUGGCAAAACGCUCAUCUUCCAUCUCGCCGACAAGGCGAAGCUGGCUGACCUGAAGAAGAACCCUGUUACGAUCAAGGAGGACAUUGAAUACAACGUUCGCAUCACGUUCAAAGUCAACCACUCCAUUAUAUCGGGGGUUCGAUAUAUUCAAGUGGUGAAGCGUGCAGGCAUCAAAGUGGAGAAGUUUGAACAGAUGUUGGGCUCGUAUGGUCCAUCGCCAACGGGAGAGCCGUACACCAAGAACUUUGACCCUGAUCAGUCGCCAUCCGGGAUACUCGCGCGGUCUGGUUCUUACAACGUAAGGAGCCGUGUUGUCGAUGAUGACGGCGAGGUCUACGCAGAUUGGGAAUGGGCCUUCAAGCUCGGAAAGGAGUGGUAGUUCAGUUCCACGCCAGUUUCUCACUCGUAGAUGUCUCGAAGCUCGACUCAAUUAACACCUCAUGUAUUCGGAAUCAUAUGUACUCUUUGGAGAAAGCAACUGCAUUUUUUUGCUUUUCUAUACUCGCGCAAUUUAUUAGCCAUCGAUCGAAUUGAUAAGGAGCC